GCUGCUGCCUGGCGAGGGGCCGCUCUGAUUGGCCGGGAGCCGUGUCAAUCAGCAAGAACCGCGCAAGCCGAGGCGAAAGCGAAAGGAGCUGGGAUUGUGGAGUGGACGGGCUUGAUGUUGUGGCCUUUCUUUUUAAAAGAAACACACCUUUUUUGCAAGUCACUGACAGGAGGGAAGAUUUGAUUUUGUGCUGAAGAUUAUUUGCAGAGCAUGCUGUUCUGGCGCAACUGGUCUAGUUCCCAGUAUUUGGGUGGACGAUCUGCAUCUCAGUUUUCGGAUGGCAGCUUUCUUUUUGCUCCAGAUCCUGAAGAAUCAUUAUCUCAGAUGAUAAACCGCACGUUAACAGAUGACACUGCGUCACCAGAUGAAGAUCUGGAUUCUGUUUUAUUUGGAAACCUACGUGGGAAUGUGGUUGGGAUGCGUUAUUAUACAGGAGUGGUGAGCAACAAUGAAAUGGUUGCCCUUCAGCGAGAACCAAACAACCCAUACGACAGAAAUGCAGUCCAAGUAAAUAAUGUGAAUGGUAUUCAGGUGGGACAUAUCAAACGGGAACUGGCAGCUCCUCUGGCCUUUAUCCUGGAUAACAGACUUGCCAGAGUUGAAGGCAGGGUGGUUCCUUACGGUGCCAACAACGUGUUCACCAUGCCAGUGCAACUUUCGUUCUGGGGUAGAGAAGAAAACCGUGACACUGUUCUGGAAAGGUUAAAGAGACACGGGUUUAAACUGGCACCUCCCACAAAAGGUUCUCUUUUAGGUGGUGGGAUUGCUGAGGCAUGGUCUGGAAUGGGAUCAGCAAGACCGGGUCCCAGUUACAAAGCUCCUGUGCACACUGCUGUGCAGAUGACAGUGGAACAGCUCAAGAAUGAAUUUGACAAAAUAUUUGAAGAUCUGAAAGAACAUGACAAGACUCGGGAAAUGGAACCAGCUAAGGCUGUUUGCACUCCCUUGCUCCCUCACCAGAAGCAGGCCCUGGCUUGGAUGGUACUGCGAGAGAAUAAUGCAGACCUACCUCCGUUCUGGGAGCAGAGGAACGGCAUGUAUUAUAACCUGCUGACAAAUUUCGCAGAGAAGGAGAGACCCGAAAAUGUUCGUGGAGGAAUCCUGGCUGACGACAUGGGCUUGGGAAAGACCCUGUCGACUAUUGCUGUAAUCCUUACAAAUUUUCACCAGGGAAAACCACUCCCCACGGAAAAGUUCACACCGGGGCCAGUGAUGGAAGAGGAACCAUCUGGCUUUGCUGAUGCUUUGGGGAAAUCUUCUGCACGUAAAGCUAACGAGGAACUAUCCAAUACUUUCAAAAUGCAAACAGGUGCUGACAACAGGAACAAGGCCACUGUAAUCGAUACCACAGGAAGCAUUACUUCGUCAGGAUCCAAACCCCACACAUCUUCAUAUCCCAAAAGGAAAAAAACAGAAAACGUUAAAUACACGUACAGCAGCGAUUCGGAAAAGGAUGAAGAAUGUAUCUCCACAAAAAAGAAAGUGAAAACGCAACAGAAAAGUGCAACGGGUAAACGAACGGAAUGGAACGCCACAAGUAGCGGGAGAAAAGGCACUGCAGAGAGCAAGUCGCAGUCUAGUUGUGGCCUAAUGGAGGAUAUUGAUUUUGCAGCUGCUCUUGGCGGUGCUUCCAGUUCCACUUUAAAAAAGAUCAAGAAAGGUUGUCCAAGCUCACAGCCCAGCACUAAUACAGCGGCUAAUGCAAAGGCGAGAUCGACCCUGAUAGUUUGUCCUCUCUCUGUGCUCAGUAACUGGAUUGAUCAGUUUGAGCGACAUUUAUGUCCCGAUGUGAAAUUGAAUAUGUAUCUUUAUUACGGCUCUGAGAGAAAUAAGACUGCAUCAUUCCUCGCUGAGCAGGAUAUUGUACUGACCACCUACAAUACGUUAACAGUCGAUUAUGGGAGUGGGAGUGCCAGCCCCCUGCACAAAGUGAAGUGGCUCCGUGUGGUAUUGGAUGAGGGCCACACCAUACGGAAUCCAAAUGCCCAGCAGACCAAAGCUGCACUCACACUAACUGCUGAGAGACGAUGGGUACUAACAGGCACGCCGAUUCAAAACUCCUUGAAGGAUCUUUGGUCCAUCCUUUCGUUUCUGAAGUUGAAACCAUUUACAGACCGACAGUGGUGGCACCGGACUAUCCAACGGCCUGUAACCAUGGGGGAUCAGCAUGGUCUCAAACGGCUGCAAGCAUUAAUAAAAAACAUUACCUUGCGAAGAACCAAAGCCAGUAAGGUAAAUGGCAAACCUGUAAUCGAGCUCCCAGAGCGUACGGUUUUUGUGCAGCAUAUAACCCUAACCGAUGAAGAGAACCAAAUCUACGAGUCAGUAAAGAACGAAGGCCGGGCCAUCAUCGGCAGAUAUUUCAGUGAAGGAUCCGUUUUCACACAUUAUGCAGAUGUCCUCGCUAUCCUCGUCUGGCUGAGGCAGCUGUGUUGUCAUCCGCGUCUGUUUGCAAAUUCUUCAGCUGUAAUGGGUUCCUCAGACAAUGCCACUCCUGACGAACUGCGGGAGAAACUGCUGAAGAAAAUGAAACUGGUUUUGAGUUGUGGCUCUGAUGAAGAGUGUGCCAUUUGCCUGGAAUCACUAACCUUUCCUGUGAUUACCCACUGUGCCCAUGUUUACUGCAGACCGUGUAUCUGUCAGGUCAUUCAGAGCGAGCAGCCCACUGCCAGAUGCCCCUUGUGCAGGGCAGAGAUCCGAGUGGAACAGCUGGUGGAAUGUCCCCCUGAAGAGGCAGACGUUGCGGCACCUGAUAAAUCCCAGCAGAUCUGGGUCUCCAGUUCAAAGGUCGAUGCCCUGAUGCAUUCCUUGAUCGAGCUUCGAAAGCAGGAUCCCACCGUCAAGAGUUUAGUAGUGUCUCAGUUCACAGCUUUUCUAACUCUUAUAGAAACACCACUCCGACAAGAAGGCUUUGCAUUUACGCGCCUGGAUGGCUCAAUGCCCCAGAAACGGCGGAUAAAUGCCAUUGAGUCCUUCCAGAGCAGUGAGCCAGGCUCUCCGACUGUCAUGCUGCUGUCGCUGAAAGCUGGUGGAGUUGGUUUGAAUUUGACGGCAGCGUCUCGUGUAUUCCUCAUGGACCCUGCCUGGAAUCCUGCUGCUGAGGAUCAAUGCUUUGACAGAUGCCACAGACUGGGCCAGACCAGGGAUGUUGUAAUCACCAAGUUCAUCGUGAAAAACUCCGUGGAGGAAAAUAUGAUCAAGAUUCAGAACAAGAAACGAGAACUUGCAGCAGGGGCUUUUGGAACGAAGAGACAGCGCGAGAUAAAACAAAGCCGAAUUGAAGAGAUUAAGAUUCUGAUUGACAUGUAACGCUGUUUUAUGGCAUCGUGUCUGCUUUUAUUUUUCCUUUCUAGCCCUCCCAGACAUUUGAGCUUAUUGAAAUUUUCAAACUUUUGAGUACUGUAUUGGGACAGAAAAAUGGGAAGUAAUUUGUAAACCAAAUACAAAUUUAUAUGAGAUGGUAACUUUUAAUGCGAAGUGUUUGUUGAAUUCUGAAUCAAAUGUAGAAAACCAAUUGUUCCGUCUGAUAUAGUGUAGAAACUGUUGCAGCUGAAGUGCAUCACUCAGAUGAAAGAUUGAGACUUAGCUCAGUGUGCCUGUUUCAGUUGUCAGGUGGACAUUUAAUAGCCCCAUGGUAAUACUUAGAACCAGAGUGUUCUGCCAGUCUUCUGACUAAUGUUUCUCCCUCAACCUACACCAACUAAAUCAGAUUUGCUGGUAUCUCGUCUUAUCAUUAUUUGUGACGUGUUUGUGUGAGCCUUGUGUGCUUGCCUGAGUAAUCAUUUAUUGUAUUCCAGAAUUCACUAUGUGAAAGGGAUUGAGAUAUUUUACAGAUGUGGUGGAAUGCUUCGUAAAGGCAAGGUUUGUUUUUUUUAAAAAAAAAAGCUUGUCCCUGCUCUGUUAUUCAGCUAAGGACCUUCUAAACUUGACGUUACUUGUCCAACUUCAUUACACCUCCCUUUUUAAGAAGAAUAGAAACUUCAGUAAAGUCCUGCUGGUUUACAUUCUUCAAAACCCUCGCAAAUGGUGAUUCUUACAAAUGAUGAAUGUGGCAGACGGGAUGGGUGCUAUGCAGGGGGAGCCCAAUUUACAAAUGCUCACACUUCCAAGCUCGAUCCCGCACAGGGCUGUAAUUGUAAAGAACUGACGUAUGGCCGUUGCCAGUAUGUAUGAAUAGCUAUUUUAGUUUGUUCUGAGCUAUCUUCCAACUUCUAUAAAACUCUACUCGCAAACUGCACCCGUUUGCAAUGCAGGGUCUCCCCGUAUGAAAGACUUUUGGAUCUGGGGCAGUUUUGAGGAUAACCAGUUUUCCACCAGAAGGUGGUGAAUAUCUGGAACUGACUUUGUGAAAGGCUGGUAGGGACAGGAACCUUCAGACCGUUGGCAGAGAGGUGGUGAUUUAAUGUGAGGGUCACCCAGCCUCAAGUGAGAGGUGAGGUUGAGAGGGACAAACCUUGGGGCAGCACAAUGGCUCAGUACUCUUGCCUCUCAGCACCAGGCACCUGGGUUCGGUCCCAGCCUUGGGUGCCUGUGUGUACAGAGCUUACAUGUUCUCCCUGUGUCUGUCUGGGUUUCCCCUCAUAGUCCAAAGGUGUGCAGGUUAGGUAGAUUGGCCAUGCUAAAUUGUCUAUGGAGUCCAGGGAUGUACAUGCUAAGUAGAUUAGCCUUGGGAAUGCAGGAUUACAGAGAUAGGGUAGGAGAUGUGGGUCUUGGUGAGAUGGUCUUUGGAUGGUUGGUAGAUACUCGAUUGACCGCAUGGUCUCUUGCUGUACUAUAGGCAUUCUAUGGUGCAGGAAUUGAACCCUUGCUGUUGGAGUAAUUAUAUUGCAAGCCAGCUGUCCGGCCAACUGAGCUAACCAGUCCCCCUCUGGCCCUUGUGAUGGGAAAUCAAGUCUGGCUUUCCCAUUGAAAAUACCACUAUGGUGCUUUCUGAUAUAGGUUUAAGAAUGAGUCUAGCCAUUGAAACCUAUAAAUUCAUGUCUCUGUAUUAUCUCUCUCCCUCUAUCACCAUCAGGCUAGAUCACUGGCGCUGGUUCAGUGAGGGCUCGUAAGUGUAGACAAAAGUAUUUGCAACCUUCUUUACGAGAGGGUAUCAGAAAUGCGGAGUGGAUGAUCCUUCUUGACCUCCUCCUGAGCUCCCAACCAUCACCAAUGCCCAUCGUUGUGCAAUUUGAACCACUCCACACACUAUCAGCAAGUGACUAUGUACACGACAUGACCCCAGUAGCAGCUCAGUUAAAUUGUUGGAGACCUGACUCCCCCGAACCAGCAGUGCCUCCAGCCAGCCUGAAACCAAACUGGCACAAUCCAGCAACUCAAAUAGGCCACUACCACCCCUCACUGAUCUGGCUAGUCAAACAGACAAUUGGUUACAGGUAGUGCAGUGACAAUGGCUCACAUGGUGACCUCCGUCCUGUCAACUGCCCCGACAAAGGGCCAACAGCAACACGUUUGCCUUGCAUGCUCUCCACUUAUCCAGAUCAACACUCCAGCCUCAAACUAUCCAGCACAAAAUAAUCCACCUGCUCAAAUGGGAGGGGAAUAGGGAGAUGGUUAAACUUGGGGCUAACAAAGUGCAAGGUGAAGGCUUCAGUAGCAGAUGGGUUGCAGGAUGUGAGGAGAGGAAUGAUGUGGUGUAUUUUCUGAUUUGGAUGAUCAAACUAGCUCCUAUCCGAAAGCCCCUUUUUCUCAUUGUGCAAAGGCUUCUAGUGGUUUAUGUAUGUACAAGGGUGCUUCUCAGUACAUUCCAUCUGAACUUGUUCACUAUGUGUGUGAGAACUGUGGCCUAUUAUUUUACCCUCCUCCAGAUGCAUGGAGAGCAAUGGUAGCCUGUCUCAAAUAUGCAAAUACAUCACAGACUAGAAAUUUUCCCAGAGUCCUGUAGAUCUGCUGAGGUCACUGCAGCCUUGAUGAGAGGUAGGACAAGUAACAGAGAGAUGGUCUUGUUUUCACAGUAAGUACAGUCUGUACACCCCUCAUUAUGAUUAAGUUCCACUGCUCAGAACAUUAAAGCAGAAACAUUUUGUUUCAAUUUGUCAUAAUUUGAACACUUCUGUUUAAAUUAAAAUGUCACAUCAGAAUGGUAAGAAUGAAGCAUAUUUUGAUAGUGGAUACAGUUUCACUCUUUAAAAGUUGGAAUUCAGCACAUUCUGUUAAUUCUCCAGUAUGGCUGCUCACUGCAGGCAACUGCAAAGGUGUCUGUGCAGGCUGCAGUGAAUUCAGAAUCAGCAACUGUGUGUUACAUGGAGGUUACUCUCAGGUGUUCCUGAACAUGAAGCCUAGUUUAUAUUAGUAACACGGGGCCAGUUCCUCACUUCCAGUAGAGGAGAUGAAUCAGCCUGCAAGGAAUGUCACGUGAAGAAGGAUUCUACAUACACAACAACUGCUCAUAAAUCUUCAUUAUGGCUAACCCUCUAACAUAGUGUGAAUGUGCUGGCCACCUGUCAUGUCAAAUAAAACUCUGUGCUCAUGUUUGUAGCUUCCCACAGGCCGGUUAGAUUGGUUACAGUGACAGAAAGUGGAAGAUUCAAUUCCUCCGCUCGCAACUGGGUGCCAUUUGAUAAGUUAGGGCUGCUGAGGACUGUUGGGAAGAGAGAAAAAAAUCAUUUAAUAGACCUUGAAGAUCUUGGAGCAUCUUAAAAAUGCAAAAGGCACUGUUAUUGUGACUUCUUAAUCUCUUCAUUUUUCUAAUUUAUUACUGUGAUUUUGUACUUUUGAAGGUCUGUAAUAUUGGACUUUUUAUUUCUUUAUUUUCUGUUUUUUUUCUAAUGUGUACUCUAGGAUAUGUACCUUUUGUGCCUAAGAUGGUGCUGUAAAUGGUGACUUGUAAACUCCACUGUACUCAUGUGA